AAAAAAAAAUCAGGAAAAGAGGGCGGGGGGUUAAUCGUAGUUCCUCUUCGAUCCAAAACUUCGUCACUUUUGAUCUAAACACACACUCUCUCUCUCUUUCCCCCCUCAUCGCUUGCUUUCAGUUGCGAGCUCGCCUAUUUGAUUCCGUGAAUGAGCAUUAUGACUUCAGCCUGUCCAUUUGCUAAAACGGCUUCUGGGGAAGGAGGAUGUCCGAUGAAGUUUGACCAAAACUGCGAUAGACAUAAAGCAGGAGAGGAAGAUAAAGUAGAUAAGCAGAGCAAUGAUUCUGGCAUAGUAUCUCCAAAAUGCCCUUUUGGAUAUGAUUCUCAUACAUUCAAGUUGGGUCCUCUAAGUUGCAUGAUAUGCCAAGCCUUGCUGUAUGAAAGUAGCAAAUGUUUGCCUUGCUCCCAUAAGUUUUGCAAAGCAUGUAUAUCACGCUUUAGGGAUUGUCCACUAUGUGGUGCUGACAUAGAGAAGAUCGAGCUUGACACAGAGCUUCAAGUUACUGUGGACCGUUUCAUUGAUGGACAUGCUAGGAUCAAAAGGCCUCAAGUGAAUAUAGAAGACAAUGAAUUAAGAGAGGACGAUAAAAAUGUGAUAUAUGGGGAUGUCUCUAUGGAGAGGGGAGCAUUUCUUGUUCAGCAAGCUAUGAGGGCUUUCCGUGCAAAGAACAUAGAGAGUGCAAAAUCAAGGCUUGGUCUUUGUGCAGAGGAUAUACGUGAGCAAUUAAAGAUGUCAGGCGACACACCAGAGUUAUGUUCACAACUUGGAGCUGUCCUUGGAAUGCUGGGAGACUGCUGUCGAACAUUGGGAAAUUCUGGUUCCGCAAUUACAUACUACAAAGAGAGCGCAGAUUUUCUCUCCAAGUUGCCUCCAAAAGAUCUGGAGGUGGUGCAUACACUGUCUGUUUCACUAAAUAAAAUUGGAGAUCUUAAGUACUAUGACGGAGACCUUCAAUCUGCUAAAUUUUAUUAUACACGUGCUUUAGAUGUUCGUCGGAACGCAGUCAAAGAGAACACAAAUGCCUCUUCACAGGUAUUAGAUCUGGCAGUAUCUCUUGCCAAAGUAGCUGAUUUGGAUAGGAAUCUCGGCAAUGAGGAUGAAGCCAUUAGUGGAUUUCAGGAAGCUAUUGAGCACCUAGAAUCAUUAAAGUUGGAUUCCAAUGAAACUGGUCUCGAACAGAGGCGCCAUUCAGUUUUGGAGUUCCUACAGAACCAACUUGCUGAAAAACAAGAAUCCGCUCCUGUUUCUACUGUGUGAUAUAGUGCACGGGGUCAAAUAGAUGUAUUAUAUGCCUUGUUCUUGCUACCAUUAUAUCAGUAAUAAUGAGGAUGAAUGAGGCAUGGAGUGUUGUUUGGGCCCCUUAAAAUAGAUGUUGCGACAUUUGUGUUUGGUGUUGUUUCUACUUAAUUUCAGGUUAAUAUGUUCGCCAUCAUGUAUAGAAUGCUCUUGUAUGGUUUUGGAACUGGAACCUGUCAAUGUUUGUACACAUAUUUUACUACUACUACGAAGCACCAAUUAUCAAAUGGGCAAUCUAUAUGAUCUGACUAUGGUUAUUGUCGAUGUA